CUCACACACGCUUUCGUAUAGUAGAGCAUAAUGAGGGGGAGGAGGAGGAUGCCUGUUGCCUUUUUGGGAUAGUGGCAAGUUCUCGGAAUUGAUUGUGAUGCCAUUCCUCGAUCCCGAGGUCGAGCCAGGGCGAUCGCCAGGGAUUGUCAUGGUAGUCCGUGAGUGUGCCGUUCGUUCUUGAACGAAGUGUGAAAGACGGAUAAUUGCGACGAUGAUCCUUCAUUUCUAAGACGGUCGGUCGAACGUUCAUGUACUCAUCUCUCAAGUUAUUACACAUAUGUAGAGAGAGAGAAUUCACGAAAUUCACACGAGUCCUGUAUUGUGCUUGUCGUUGUGUUUUGACGACGUAGUGGCUGCCGUUCAAACAAAAAGAACGGUCCAAAGUACACCCGAGAUUAAAACGUGCUGGGUUUUCCGUUUCGUUUUGUUGAGCAUUCUCCUCACUCAAAGACGAAUCAAACAGUCUGGCAUUUUCGCGAGGCAGUCCAAGUUGAAGAAGAGCCAUUGUCACUCGGGUAUCGUGGACGGUGACAAUGACUAGUUUAAAUUCGCUCUUCUCAUUCACGUCACCGGCGGUCAAGAAGCUCUUGGGAUGGAAGCAGGGCGAUGAAGAAGAAAAGUGGGCUGAGAAGGCCGUGGAUGCCCUGGUGAAGAAGUUGAAAAAGUCCAAAGGAGCCAUUGAGGAACUUGAGAAGGCCCUUAGCUCCCCUGGACAGCCAUCUAAUUGUGUGACCAUACCCCGCAGUCUUGACGGGCGAUUACAGGUAUCCCAUCGCAAAGGUCUGCCUCACGUGAUCUACUGCCGUGUGUGGCGUUGGCCCGAUCUCCAGUCUCACCACGAGUUGAAAGCGCUAGAAAUUUGCAAGUUCCCAUUCAAUGCCAAGCAUAAGGAUGUGUGCAUCAACCCGUACCAUUACAAGAGAGUCGAGUCUCCCGUCUUACCUCCGGUGUUGGUACCGAGGUUUUCUGAUCCCAUGCCCGGAGGAUCCUCAUCGGCUAUGCUUCCAUUUUCGAACAUGCCUGAGCAGAUGCCGAGGAAUGUGUCCUAUGGUCCUCAUGGAUUCAACAGCCCUGUUAUGAAUAACCCCAACAUGGGUGGACCCAUGUCUCCGUCGGGAAUGUCUUCCAGUGGAAUUCCUUCACCAGGUUCCGUGACAUCUGGCGGGGUGGUGGGCAAUAACCCUCAGAGUCCGUACAACCCAGGCAACGUGGGCCCUGAGACCCCACCCCCGGCGUAUAGUCCUCUUGAUAUGAUGAAUGGCCAGACGGAUCCUCAGCAAAAUCAGCAGCAACAACAACCGCAACAACAACCCCAACCCUCUCAACAGAAUCCAGGUGGAUCAAAAACCGAGCAAAUGGACACGACUUCAAACACGAACGCAGCUCCCACAGCCGUGGCCUACCAAGAACCCGUGCAUUGGUGCAGUAUUGCUUAUUACGAGUUGAAUUCGCGUGUAGGCGAAGUCUAUCAUGCGGUCAACCAUCACGUGUUUGUCGAUGGAUUCACGUAUCCGUCGGUUCAAAAUAACAACCGAUUUUGUCUCGGGCAGCUAUCGAACGUGAACCGGAAUUCAACCAUCGAAAACACCCGCCGCCACAUCGGCAAAGGGGUGCAUCUGUAUUAUACCGGCAGCGAGGUCUACGCCGAAUGCCUCUCAGAUUCGGCUAUUUUCGUGCAAUCCCGAAAUUGCAAUUAUCAUCAUAGCUUUCUCGCCACCACCGUGUGUAAGAUUCCGCCUGGAUGCUCGCUCAAGAUCUUCAAUUUUAAGGAAUUUGCCGAUCUCCUCACUGAAUACGUUCAACAUGGCUUCGAAGCCGUCUACGAGCUGACGAAAAUGUGUACAAUCAGAAUGUCAUUUGUCAAAGGCUGGGGCGCUGAUUAUCAUCGGCAAGACGUCACGUCCACUCCGUGUUGGAUCGAAAUCCAUCUUCAUGGCGCUUUACUCUGGUUGGACAACGUUCUCACUCAAAUGGGCUCGCCCAGCAAUCACAUCACUUCCGUGUCUUGAAAUGCCAGCCAACCUACUAGGGCCAAUACUAUAGAAAGAAAAAGCUCUUUCUGAGGGUAUAGAAAACGAAAGCAAUGUAACCCCAUGUCUUAUUGAUCUCUUUUCACAUGAUUUAAAGAGGCAUUGGUGUCUUUCAAAAGGUUCUCGCCACACAUCAACCAAGAUCAAAUUCUUUUACCAAAAUGACAAUUUUUACUUCUUUUUCAAUGUCUCUCAGUGCCUUCAACGAAUGAUGGCAAAUCGAAAUAUCACGAUGCAAUGUAAAAUUUGUCCAGGCCGUCGCUGGCCUACCAUCUAUUUCAACAAAUUUGCGAGUUUGUCCUCGAACUAAUCGUCUUGUGCUUCCAACUAGUAGAAUGACUUGUGCCACUGCAUUAUUCUUUAGUUCAAAUGUGCGGUUAUAAACUGUACUCUCUAUUUUCAAAAGUGAGAAUAUACAAACUCAUGAGUCUGCUGCUUCAAAUUA